GUUGAAACCUGUUUCUAGCAUCAUCUUGCAGAGUGUUCAGUAGAGCAUAGUUACCAUGCUACUCAAAGCUGUUUUAAUUUUAUAUGCAUCUUUCAUGGAGAUUGCCUCAGGGGCAGAAUGGUGCUACCAGUCCCAGAUUACAUGUAAUCAUACCUGCACAGGUCCAGAUACCUGGGGACACAUUUCCAGUCAAUGCAGUGGCCAGUCCCAGUCUCCCAUUAACAUUGUUACCCGUAAAAUGCUGCCAGAUGGACGUCUCACUCCAUUUCAGUUCAUUGGUUAUCAAGAUACAUUUCACAGUAUUCUCAUAAACAACGGACACACUGUUGAACUAGAUUUACCCUCCAGUAUCAAGAUCAAAGGAGGAAAUCUGGCUGCAACGUACAAGGCAGUUCAGCUUCACCUGCACUGGGGCAAAGAAGGGAGACUGGGGUCUGAACACACAAUCGAUGGAGAACGAUUUCCAAUGGAGAUGCACAUUGUUCACAUAAAACAAGAAUACAACUCUUUAACCCAAGCUGUAACAGACAGCACAGGUGUGGCUGUCCUUGGAUUUUUCUUUAAGGAGUCCCCCUCUGCAAACAAAAAAUAUGAUCCACUUAUAAAUGCUCUCAUGAACAUCAAACAACCAUCCACUAACACUACUGUGACCGGCGUGUCCCUGGACAUGUUCGUUCUUCCUCAAGAGAAUAUGAGCAAGUACCUUCGCUAUGAUGGCUCCUUAACGACACCCAACUGCAAUGAAGCCGUUGUCUGGACUCUGUUUGAAGACACUGUUCAUCUCAGCAGGGAGCAGCUUGCUGCAUUCUUCCAACUCAAAUUUUCCAAUGGAGAGAAAAUGGUUGAGACCUACAGACCAGUGCAGCCUGUAAAUGGCAGACAGGUGUAUUACUCCAACGCCCAUGUAGCUGUGGUCAGCACUGUGUUACUCAUGGUGUCAACUCUGCUAUCCAGUGCAUUCACCCUGGACACUACAGGGUGAACGUUCUGACUCAAUACUGGUAUUUUUAAAUUAUGUAUAUGUGUGUACAGUAUGUGCAAUGACCAAAACUAGGCCACUGACAAAAAUAGGUGAAUGCCUGUAUGCCUGAAAGACACGCAGUCAUUCUUUUGUGCUUUUUUAACUGUAACUGUAACUUGACUUCUCUGUGGGUUGGGUAGUGUUAAAGGAUGAAUCUUUUUUUCAAAAGAAAAAUAUAUUUUCUGAUUUUACUUUUUAAAGACUUCCUAAAACCAUUGCCAAAGACCUCAGUUAGUAGCCUAGCAGCAGUCUGGUAAUUAUUUGAGUAAGUAUAGUAUAAAAGAGUGUACAGUAUACAGCUUACUACAGCUGUACAGCCUACAGUAUGUCUCCAGUCACUUAUUGUCACAUAAAAUCCUGGCCCCAGUGCAGAGGUCAGUUAGUCAGUGAUGUGAUUAUAGCAAAACAAUGACAUAAAACUUUCAGAAAUUAGUGGUGGCAGAAAAUCCUUUAAAAAUAUAAGAAAGGAUUAAGCACCAGUACUUCAACUACUCAAAGAAAAAAUGUAAAAAACUCUGUUAGAAAUUUGUGCAUGUUAGAUGUUUGUUCAAUAACCCAAAAAAGUUUUCAUACACCUUGAAAAUUUUAUCACCAUACAAGCAUAAAAUAAAUGUCUAUCUUCUUAUCCUGACUUAGGAAAAAAAAAGAAAAUUAAAAUUAAAAAGCCUGCAUUCAGGAUGUUUAUCUUAUUCUGGAUAAGGACUAUCAGGACUUCACUGCUGUAAUGUUAUUGUCCUCAUGGCUGGCAAAACUGGGACCACCUGGGAUUCAUGCUUUAAUACUGUAUACAAUACAAAAAAAUAAUACAAUACAAUAAAGUAAAAAGAAUCAUAUAAUUAAAAAAAACAAUGGACUAUUUGUAUAUAUAUGGACAAUGGAUUCUUGUUUUGUUUACUUUUAUUACCACAACACAAAAAUGUUGUUGUGUUGUACCUUCCAUAAAGAGUGAGCUGAAGAGAACUCUGUGAUUAGGUACCAGAUUUGAGCAUCUAAGCAAAAGAAUUAGGUUUGUAGAAUUGUAAACGCUACAUGUCUGGAACUGCAAAUGCAUACAUGCAUUAUUAUGCAUGUUCCACUUUUUUGAGCCCGUACAUGUCACUUUCACCAACAUCCACAAUGUGGCAGCACUGGCAAGCCUGUCCGUGGCAGUUUCCAGUAACACACUGUAUAGUAUAUGCUGAACAGUACUUUUUUAAAUUUAUCCUCAUCCUCAUAUACUAAUAAUAAUUAAUAUCAUCAGUCUGUUGAUUUGUAUCUUUAGCAGUGCAGGUAAAGUUUCACCUCUUACUUUGACCACCAAACCCACUAUAGAAAAGCUGGAAAUCUCAGUGUAGAAAAACAGGAAUAAUGUAUUUGUGUUGUGUACUGUAGUACAGAAUGUAAUUUUUUCCAUCUGCUGUCAAACACAGGACAUUUUAAUGCUCUUCUGGACAGUUCUGAUUGGAUAAACCUUUUUAGAAGUGCCUUCACUUCCUUGUAAGAGGAGAAUAACACAGUACCUCCAAGUGUCAUUAGAUAACUGCCUUUGUUUGUUUUUUCCUCCCUCGUUCUAUCUAUAUCACACUAAGGAGAUCACUCUGGACAUAAUCCUGUGAUGCACUGGAAUAGACUGAUGCAUGCACUGCACCAAGCACAGCACUGCUGACAUUAUCUGAGGAGUGCACAGUCAUGCUUGGCUUGCUUGCUGCACAAGCUUCUUGAUUCUUUAAUAAGAAUAAUAAAAAUAAAUAAUCAACA